GCCUCCUGGUGUCUCUGCUUCGCUGCGAGCCGCGAGCGCGGCCGCCACCGCCGCUGCGGCUGGGCUGAACGGGAAGGCGGCGGCGGCGGGGCGCGGGGCAGCGCUGAGGGGAGACGAGGCAGCGGGGGGCCGCCGCCGGCCCGGCCCGGCUGAGGGCAGCCCCGGUGCCGCUCCCCGCCUCGGGCCGGCAGCGAUGGAGCCUCCCGCGGGGCUCGCCUGCGUCCUGCUCUGCUGCUGCGCUCUCUCCCUGCCCGCCGCUGCCCUGCGGCCGCCCGGGCACGCAGAUCCGAUCUCGAGGAAUAUAGAGGAGUACAGCCUCGUCAUCCCCACCAGCACCGAUUCCCAGGGCAGGUUCCUAUCCCACCUGGUGUCCGGACCGCCCAAAGCACGCUUCAGGAGAGCUGCGGAGGACUUGCAAAGCGAAGCAGCAAAUGAGCAAAUAUUUUACAACGUCACCGUUUUUGGCAGAGAGUUUCACUUCAGGUUGCGGCUGAACUCGAGGCUUGUUGCCCCUGGAGCAACAGUUGAAUGGCAGGAGGACUCUGACGAGACUCACAUCGAACCUCUCUAUGGGAAUUGCCUCUAUGUUGGGGAUAUCACUGAUCUGCCAAACGCUUCGGUUGCUAUCAGCAAUUGCGACGGGUUGGCUGGCCUGAUUCGCACAGACAAGGAUGAGUUCUUCAUUGAACCUCUGGAGAAGGGGGCCCACGAGGAGGAGGAGGGAGGAGGCAGAACACACGUGGUCUAUCGCAGAGCAGCUGCCAAGAAGCAACUUGCUAUUGAGAACGCAGAUACCCUGUAUAAAGCGGCUAACCUCACUAAUUUGGAUCGUCUCGACAGCGCAUUGAGCCUCAUUGAAGAUCGGGUGCAUAGAUCAAGGCAGCGCUAUCGAAGGCAUGCCACGGAUGAUGAUUACAACAUUGAAGUCCUUCUGGGGGUUGACGACUCGGUUGUUCAGUUCCAUGGGAAAGAACACGUUCAGAAGUACCUGCUGACCCUGAUGAACAUUGUUAACGAAAUUUACCACGACGAAUCCCUGGGUGCUCACAUUAACGUUGUCCUGGUGAGGAUAAUCCUACUGAGCUACGGCAAGUCCAUGAGCCUGAUAGAGAUUGGGAACCCUUCUCAAAGCCUGGAGAAUGUGUGUCGCUGGGCCUACUUGCAGCAGAAACCAGACACCGGGCAUGCAGAAUAUCACGACCAUGCUAUCUUUCUCACAAGGCAGGAUUUUGGUCCAUCUGGCAUGCAAGGCUAUGCUCCAGUCACUGGAAUGUGUCAUCCUGUUCGAAGUUGCACUCUCAACCAUGAAGAUGGUUUUUCAUCUGCGUUUGUGGUGGCUCAUGAAACUGGACAUGUUUUAGGCAUGGAGCAUGAUGGCCAAGGAAACAGAUGCGGGGAUGAAGUCCGCCUGGGGAGCAUCAUGGCCCCCCUUGUGCAAGCUGCAUUUCAUCGCUUCCACUGGUCUCGCUGCAGCCAGCAAGAGCUGAAUCGAUACCUCCAUUCCUACGAUUGUCUGCGCGAUGAUCCCUUCGAACAUGACUGGCCUUCCCUUCCACAGCUGCCAGGAAUUCACUACUCCAUGAAUGAGCAGUGCCGUUUUGAUUUUGGUUUGGGCUACAUGAUGUGCACAGCUUUCCGUACGUUUGAUCCCUGCAAGCAGCUGUGGUGUAGCCACCCCGAGAACCCCUACUUCUGCAAAACAAAGAAAGGGCCUCCGCUGGACGGGACCAUGUGUGCACCAGGAAAGCAUUGCUUUAAAGGUCACUGCAUCUGGCUGACACCAGACAUCUUGAAACAGGAUGGACACUGGGGGGCAUGGAGUAAGUUCGGCUCUUGUUCUCGCACCUGUGGCACAGGGGUGAAGUACAGGACACGGCAAUGUGACAAUCCACAUCCAGCCAACGGAGGCCGUACGUGCGUGGGGCCAAGCUACGAGUUCCAGCUCUGCAACACUCAGGAUUGCCCUAAGGACUUUGAAGACUUCAGAGAGGAGCAGUGCAGGCAGUGGGAUCCUUACUUUGAGUAUCAGAACACGAAGCACCACUGGCUCCCCUAUGAACAUGUUGAUGCUAAGGAGAGGUGCCACCUGUACUGUGAAUCGAAGGAAACGGGCGAUGUUGUGUAUAUGAAGAGGAUGGUACACGAUGGGACUCGCUGCUCCUACAAAGAUGCUUACAGCAUCUGUGUGAGGGGAGACUGCUUGAAAGUUGGGUGUGACAGGGUCAUAGGUUCCACAAAGCAGGAAGAUAAGUGUGGUGUUUGUGGAGGAGAUAAUUCCCACUGCAAAGUGGUGAAAGGAACGUUUUCAAGAGUACCAAAGAAACAAGGUUACAUUAAGAUGUUUGAAAUUCCUGUUGGUGCAAGACAUUUACUUAUACAGGAAACAGACGCCACUAGUCAUAAUCUUGCAAUUAAAAAUCGUGAAACGGGAAGAUUCAUUCUAAGUGAAGACAACUACGUGCCAGACUCUAAAGUAUUUAUUGACAUGGGUGUGGAGUGGGAAUAUCGGAAUGACGAUGACAGAGAAACCGUGCAGACCAUGGGGCCUCUGCGUAAUGGAAUAGUUAUUCUGGUGAUUCCUCACGGUAGUGCCAAGAUAUCUCUGACUUACAAAUACAUGAUCCAUGAAGAUUCUCUGAAUGUAGAUAACAAUAAUGUUUUGGAAGAGGAUUCGGUAUCACAUGAAUGGGCUCUGAAGAAAUGGUCGCAAUGUUCGAGACCUUGUGGGGGAGGCUUCCAAUUCACAAAAUAUGGUUGCCGGAGGAAGACAGACCACAAGAUGGUUCAUCGGAGUUACUGCGAGUUGAUCCAGAAGCCGAAACCCAUUCGCAGGGUGUGCAAUCUGCAGGAGUGCUCCCAGCCCAUAUGGGUUACAGGAGAAUGGGAGCCUUGCAGCAAAAGCUGUGGGAAAACAGGAUACCAAGUGCGAUCUGUCCGAUGCAUCCAACCCCUGCACGACAACACAAAUCGGUCUGUUCAUACCAAGUACUGCAACAAUGAUCGUCCAGAAGGCCGGAGGCCUUGCAACCGGGAGCUUUGUCCAGCACAGUGGAGAAUAGGAUCCUGGUCACAGUGCUCUGUCAGCUGUGGAAAUGGCACACAGGAUCGCCCAGUCCUGUGCCGGACCAGGGACAAUGCUAUCGGCCUUUGCAAAGAAGCUAAACCAGAGACCGUAAGGAUUUGCAGACUACCUCCAUGUCCAAGAAAUGUUUCCGAUCCUUCCAAGAAAACCUACAUGAUACAAUGGCUGUCGAGACCUGAUCCAGACUAUCCCAUCCAGAAAAUAUCUUCAAAAGAUCAUUGUCAAGGAGACAAGUCAAUGUUUUGUCGCAUGGAAGUUCUCUCUCGGUACUGUUCAAUUCCCGGUUACAAUAAGCUCUGUUGCAAGUCCUGUAAUAUGUACAACAACGUAACCGAGGAAGGCAAUGCAACCAAAUCUAACAUAAAUAAGAAUAAUGUCAUUGAGGAGGAGUUCCUGACAACCCUCAGCCCUCUCAUGGGAGUUUCCACCACACAGCCUGCCACCAGCCCUCCUCGUGUUUCUAAACCACACGUGCCUCCUUCCAAUGCAACUGAGGAGCACCCAGAAAUUAAUGCGGUGGACGUUCCCUAUAAAAUCGAUGGGUUGGAUAAUGAAGUGUCACAGCACAACAUCAUUACACGGAGGAGGAUACCUUAUGAAAGGACGAGGAAUCAAAGAAUCCAGGAGCUGAUUGCUGAGAAGAGGAAAAAAGAGACUCUUAGAAAAAGAAACUAAAAUGGAAAUACGGCACAAACAACAUUUUUCUCUUAUAGAGAUGUUACCAACAUCAUAGGAUUGCCCAUGUCAUAGAGACUAAAAAUGGGGAAAAAUCAAAGUGGUGCUAUGGCAGAGAUGCCAAAUUCUAAAGCCUACUAUAAAUGGAAACGACAGAUUGUUUAUAAGUGCUAAUCUGAACACUUGGACAGCUAGGUUUUCAGGGUAAGGUAGAGUAUUAGUGCAAUAUCAUUACAGCAUUUCACUGAAUCCAAACAAACCUUAACACGUAAGCCAGGUUAGCAGGUUUUUUUUGUUUAUGGGCUUGUUUAAGUCUAUUAAGCCCAUGUAAAACUGCUUGGGAAUAGUAAUGGGAGUUAACACAUGAUGGAGGAAAAUGGUCCCAAGACAUUAAAGAUCCCUUUAAUACUGACAAGCAGGUGGUCAGCAAUCCUGUGAUGCUUCUGUGCAUUGCGUAAAGCCAGGCACUAACUCAGCCCCCGGUUCAGGAAGGUACCUGAGGACGUGCCAGCCCCAGGUUAGUUGGCUUCAGGCGAGCUGCUCUCGUGAAGCUGCUCUCGUGGCUACAGCCAGUCAUGUGCUCAUGUAGCUUUCUUAACCGGGACUGUGUAAGAAAAUAUAUAGAAAAUUCUGUAGCCGUAUAUUUAUGUGUAAAUUAAAAACUGACAACCAGUAGUUUACAUAUUUCCAUAAACAAUUUUAAAGGAUUCUCCCAAACAUUCGAAUACGUGCAAGACAUUUAGCAUUAGGGUAGGUCCGGCCAACUUGGACUGACGACAGCCUAGUCUUUCUGUUUACAAGUAUCCAUUCAUGUAAUGCAACAGCCUCAGUGAUCUUUGUUGGUUGGUGCUUCUUUGUGGUCUGAUUUUUUUUUCUACCCACAUGUUUAAGUUAAAGAUGACUGGAUUCUUGUUGCCUUUUCUUUGGUGCUUUGUUAGGACAACUUUUUUUUUUUUUUUCUCCCAUAGGACAAGGUUAUUUUGGAGGAAAUCAUAAUUUUCUUCCUUUCCAUAGGACAGCUUUAUUGGCACAGACGUGAGCAAUCGUUCCCUGUGCCCCUACACCUCCAUGUACACCCCUCCACACACACAGUACCGGGUCUGCUAGAAAUGUGUAACCUGACAACCCUUUGAGUACUUCCUUUCCCCUCAGGGUCAUCAUGGUUUUCAUCGGUCAUUUCCAAUUCCUGGUUGGAGAUCAGAAGACAAAUUCAGAUCAGCUGUUUGGUUUGGGGAUUGUUCUGUGCUUGAGGUCUCGGGCAAUGGAGAGGUUGGUAAGAUCCAGCCUUCAGCAUCUAACAUCUGAAUUAUUUCUGCCAUCCCAACAGAGCGGCAAGUGAGUAAAUCAGGCACUGAAGGCUUUAUCCAGAGCCUGUGGAGAGCAGUAGAAAAGCUGCUGCUGGCUGAGGUGUGAGUUUAGCAGGGCUGUGCUUGUACAGGGACUCUGGACGUAGGUGAUGAAGUUGUCCUUUCUCCCCCUGAGCCCUGGAAACUCUCCCAGGAAAGUGGCACAGGCUGGCAGCAUGCUCUGGUGGCCUUCCUUCUGCAGGUGGCAUCUGAGCUGUUUUUCUCCUGUCUCCUGGCUUGGACUCUUUCAUUUCUUUCCUCUUUGCUGGUCAACUUUCUGCAGAGCCCAGGAGUUCCCUGAAAUUCUCCUUUUACCACUCGGUAGGUCUGCUUCAGAUUUUCCAGUCCGAGAGGAAGAUCUCAUCCUCCGGCUAUCGCAUUAGUUGGAGCUGUUCGGAGUUUGAAGCAGAGCCAACUAGAAGCCUGUACAUAGUCGCACGGACAUUGGGCAUGUGCCAAAUUUCCAGCAACGGGUAAGCUCUCCCAUGGCCCGGCUGCUGUCAAAAAAAGCUUCAGAAAUACUGCAAGGUGAAAACCACACGUGGCUUCCUGCAACCCCGCCGGCGCGGCCCUCCUGCCCUGCGCACCACGGCUGAGCAGGAUGCCCAAUUUCCUCUUCAGAAUGUGACAAAACAACAAAACUCGUGCAGCUGCUCCUGCUGGAAAGGGCUGAGAGCUUGCAGGAAAAGCGGUCUUUGCAGCACUGAAAUGGCCUGAACUGUCGCCAGAAACGUUUGAAGGACAAGAGUCUGGUUUAAGAAAAGGGCCUGAUGGAGGUAGUAGCCGAGGCAGAAGAGGAAGGUUUGCAGCUGGCGUGACAGCAUCAAGAGUCCCUUCUUGGACUGUGGUGGUACGUUCGGGUGAGUGAGUGGGAGCCCCUCAGAUGGCGUAGGGAUGGGAGUGAAGGCCGGGAAGCACAACAGGACUGAUAACAGCCCAGAGCACCAGCAAACAUCUCCUGGGCCAAGCAGACGUGGCUGCAGCUGUGAAGGCAGCAGCCAGCCAAGCUGCAGGGGGGAGCAGCCGCCCUCAGCCUCUCCGAGCUGGCUUGGUUUCCAUGCCAGUGCUGCAGCAAGCUGCUCCAGCAGCCCCCAGGAAGAUGCUGCCGACAGAGAGAGCAAGUUUCUGUAACAGUGUAGGGUCAGGUCACAUCGGUGUAAAACAGCAAUGUAGUAAUAAUGUGCACUGAAGGGGAAAAAAACCCACCGUGCUAUUUAUAAGUAAGGAAGGCAUGUCUAAAACAACAUCAUUCCAGCAGCUGUGCCACAGGAGGAGCAAGCUGUAGUUGGGCUCGCAGCCUGUAGUCAUAGUGAGUAUUCCUUGCUUUUCAUAUUUUGUUUACACAGACGUGGUCAGUGUAGAACUCAUCCCUUCCCCUUCAAGUUGUUACCCUGUUUUUAGAUCUGUGAACAAUAAGGAAAAAGCAUUAUAGGCUGUCAUAGCCUAGAAGGAUUUCCAAGCAUAUGAUAAACUUAGGAAAAAGCCCGCCAAACCCAAGGACAGAGAGGGACUGGGGCUUGGAGACAUGCAGGUGGUGAGGCACAAGUUUGCUCCCUGGUUGGUGCCUGUUUUACUCCCUGGGACUUCGUGGAGACCCGUAUCUCUGGCCUGCAGAAGCCUGAGGUAACACAUCUAAUGGCUUCUGGUCUUCCUUAGCAUCAGGAACAGGCUUAGUCAACCAGGCCAAUGUGAAGAAAUGCCACGUCAGGAGGUGCCCACAGCUCAAACACUGUCUUACAAACGCCUCUUCUCUCCAAAGAGCUUUUAAGUUGCAUCCCAAUAGCAACUGGGGCAGGAUUUUUGUUGGUGUGGCUUCAAGUGACCUUUCUGCACACACAGCAUGAGCAAAGGCCCGUUCCGGUGCAGUGACCCAAUCUUCAAAAGGGAUUCAGCAGUUCUGUGCUGAGCAUUUCCAGCUGUGUCCCCCAGUGAGCAGGGCUGGGCAAGGUCAGCACCACCACGCGAGGGCUGAUGCUCAGGGGUUCGCUCCCACACGGCACAGGCACGCUGGCUGGACUUGCAAAGCUGGUUUGAAGUUCAGAAACUUGACUUCGCUUUGCUUUUUUCUCCAGCAUGAGUCAGUUCUCAAUCAAACAGACCAAAAGCAUUUUUCCAGAUAAGGUGGAAACUUCUGCUGCGUUUUGGAUCUGGUGUGGUGCUGCGCUCCAUCUGGUGCUCAUCAGGGACCUGAUGCAAUGCCUGGUGACACCUGCAUUUGGGAAGGGCUUUCUCCUUUUUCAGUCUCACCUUUUUAGGGGUUUAAUUUGAUUUAUUUCUUGCUAUUUUUAAUUCCACUGAAUAGUUUUCUUGCUGCUUUUUGGGGAACACUGAAAUGACAUUUGAAGGAGCAGCUUCAGUCUAGAUUGCCCAGACACAGACUGGCCCAUCUCAUUCUGGAGCAGAGGCACUAGCUGCCUUCUCUUUACAGUCUAGCUGUAUGAGGAAAAAAAGUCUCCGUACCAGGAAAGGUGCCUUCUUUUCAAGCUCACCUGCAUAUCUCAGAAGAUGUGUUUUCAGCAAGUGCCUUUGAUGGUGGUUUCCUAGGAACAUACACCACACUUGUACUAGAAAACAGAGAGCAGAGCUCUGUCCAUAAAGAAAAAAGCAGCACAGGGCAAUAGGUUGGGUAAGCAGAUGCUUGUUCCUUGUUACCCGGUGGAAAUGUUGGUCACUUAUUGGUUGGUUGAACUUUGACAGCUCUAUCCUUUUUUCUACAGGGCUGUAAUUGGGCAAAAGCGUCAUCAGCAUGUGUCUUCUUUACCAUUUUGCUGUUGCCCAGGUACUGCAUUUUGAGACAUAAUGAGCGGAAUAGUAUUUUAAUUUAACGUAAUUCCCCGAAACUAAAGAGAGCAGAUUUAGAAGUAAGCUGGUUUAUAUUCCUGCAGAGGCUGUCUCAGAGCUCUGAGAGCUAAAGCAAAUGUACUCUCAUUAAGCAAUGUGUUUUGUGAUACCUGUUCAUCUAACCAUACAGGCUCUCUAAUUUUUCUGAUCGUCUAGUUUAAAAUACAAGUGUCAGCCCCUCACCAAAAAAAGAAAAAAGAAGAAAAAUCUCAAACCAAUUUAUGUUCCGUUGGUUCCAAUUGACUGCCAUUUUUCCACCAACAUGCCUUUAAAAAUUCCUGUAAUCUAUUAUGAAUGCAUCACUUUUUAUAUUCAUAUAGCCAUUCAGUAUUUAGAACCUCACAACAUCUCCAUAGAAUGCUUUCAGAUAUUUUGAGAAUUUUAUAAAUGGUGCUUUACCAGUACUCAAAGGGUUUUUUGUUUUAUUUUAGUACGUAAUGCAUUUAAUGUCUUAUUUACUCACCUACAAUGCACAGUAUUAGCUAUGUUCAUCUGAAUAUCUAUAUGCGACUUCCAUUCACUUACAUAUGCCUUAACAGAAAUUGCAAUAAAUAGCCAUUUCUUGUAUAUUAAAAAUGUAUAUACAAAUUAGAAUCUUUAAUUUUAUAAUUUAUUAAAUUCAAAUGUCUGUGUCCUUUUGCAAAGCG